AUGUUAAAACAGCAGUUGUUUUUGGUGGCAGCGAUUUGCCUGCUAUGCCAUAGUGUUGGAGGAGACACAAAGCCAAGCCAGCUUACUAAAUUUCGGCCAAUCUCACAAUCCGAAUAUGAAGCCAUAUUAAGUUUAACAGAUGGCAAGCCGGUGGUAUCAGAGGGUCGUCUCAUAAACAGCGGUUUGGCAGCACUAGCUGGACUAACCAGUGGCUGGGUCACGAGAUUGCGUUUUCCCAAUGUCUUUGGCGCGUUGGGAUUCAGCGAAAAAUCACCAAGUGACAGUUAUCCACUUUGUGUAAUCAAAACUGAUGACGAGGAACAUCACCAUCAUGAGGAUUAUGAGCAUCAUGACCCACACGAUCAUUACGAUCCUCACGAUCAUCACGAUCAUCAUGAGCAUCAUCGCCGUACAGAUGCCAGCUACGAAAGUUCAGAAGCUGAUUACAGUCAUUACUCCCAUGGGCAUCAUGCACCGGAUCAUUCUUAUGAAAUUUCCAGUCAUGAGCACCAUGAAAAUGUUGAAGUGAUGAGUAAUCAAAACAAACUGUCUCCGGUUGUGAAUUGUAUUGUUGUGCUGAGAGAGGAUAACCACCACACAACAACAGCUAAGCGGCCGAAGCCGAAGCGUUCACGCAAGAAGCACCGCCGCUAUUCACCACCACCACCACCGCCACUAUCGCCACCACCACCACCGCCACCACCUUCAGCGCCAUCAGCACCAUCAGCGCCAACGGCUGCUUACCCAUAUUCGGCACCGCCCAGUACUUAUGCAGUACAGCCACCAGCUGGUAGCUAUAAUAAUCCCUGGUACUGGCAAUCGCUUUACUACAAUCCAUAUUACAGCGACCCGAGAGCUCAUACCGGUAUUUAUCCAGGUGCCUAUCCAGAUAUUUACGCAACAAUUUAUCCAGGCGCUUAUCCAGGCAAUUACCCAGGCUCCUUUCCUGACGCUUUUGCCGCCUUUCCCGCAGGCAAUUAUCCUAACCCUUAUUACGACUCCGCUGCAAACACCUUUUCAGAUACGCCCACAAGCGCUGAUCCAAGCGAUUCUUACAACUCUCAGCCAAGCAGCUAUACAAGCACUUAUCCCAGUAUGGAGAUAUCAGUAAUGGAAGCAAUUCCUACGGCCAGCUUGGACGCAAAUUAUUACCAAAACUUUGAGUCCAGCUAUGAAGGAGUCGAGCCAAUGCCAAGCGUGCCUAGCCCACAAGCAGGCUAUAAAGCACAGUUUGAUGUCUAUCGUAGUGAUGGCCGCUUAGCGUCAGUAAAAUCUAAAGGUAAAGCAUCAAAGAAUACAGCCACAACCAAAAUUUCCGGGUCAUCCUUGAAAACUAAGACCAAGUUAAAAUCACGCCCAAAAAAGGAAAUGUCAGUCGCUCAAACCGUGACAACGAAAGUCACACCCACAGCAAGCGCCACGCGAAAGCAUACGAAAGCGAAACGCGAUGAGGCUGGUGCACAAAGCCAAACACAUUCGUAUGCAAAGAUUGCAAGUUACACACAGAGCGGCUACCAACCCACACUCUAUCCGCAAAACAGUUAUCAAUCGGAUUAUCCGAAAGUGUCGCACAUACACGCCUUGCCCUAUCCAGCGCCUGUGUAUGUGGGAAACAGUAUUGAGCAGCAGUCAGCCGCGUCAACGAAUAUGAAGCGGCAGCAAGUACAUGAGGCUGACUCGGAGGAGGAUGACGAUUCGGCGGAGUUCAUACAAGUCAGAAUGAAUCAUUAG